AUGGCAACAGAAUUCAAGCAAUUUGAUAUCAUCUCAAUCAAUGAAUUCAACUCCAUCAGUGACCAUCACUAUGUUUCGCGAUCUCUGUCACCAUCAAGUACUGAGGCUAUAAUGGAAGAGUGGAGAAUUUUAGAAAAAGACCUACCUGACUCCAUAUUUGUUAGGGUUUACAAAGGAAGAGUUGAUCUUUUAAGAGCAGUGAUCAUUGGACCAUCUGGUACGCCUUACCACGACGGUUUAUUCUUUUUUGACAUUCAAGUCCCUUCAAAUUACCCUGCAUUGUUGGAGUAUGUGCUUGCAUCACCACCAAAAGUAUUUUCAUGGAAUGACGAUCGGAGCAAAAAACGGAAUCCACCUCAAUCAACUAUACUGCAAGUUUUAGUAUCUAUUCAAGGUCUAGUUCUCAAUGGCGAACCCUUUAUCAAUUUUCCCGGCUUUGAAAGUUUCGCUAAUUCUAGUUCAUGGUUUAAGAAAAGAUCUGUGCAUGAAAAUGUUUUCAUCAAGAAUUGUAAGACAAUGGUGUCUAUUCUUAAGAAACCACCUCAGUCUUUCGAAAAGUUUGUAAGUCAACAUUUUCGUCAUCGCGCCAGUACUAUCUUGGUUGCUUUCAAUGCUUAUAUUAAUGGCCAGGCUGAAAUUGGUGAUCCUAUUACUGUCACUGCUGCGACAGAGAUUACUGCGUCCUUGGCUUCAUUCACAUUUAAGGCAGAGGCCGGAUUUGUAUAUCCAAGGCUUGUAGAUUCAUUCAUAAAGAAUGGUUCGUCUGUGGAGAGUAUUGAAUUACUAGACACUAGUAAGACUAUACGUGAGUAUACGGUUCAUGAACAUAGAAACUGUCAACUUGUUGUGUUGAUGAUUUUUAUAUUGGUCUUUUAUUCAACUAUUUUAGUUAAAAAGUCUCAUGGUGCUGGAGGUCUGCUUUAUAGUUUAUUUGGACUAGAUAUCUUUUUGUUGUUAUUACUUAUACCUUCUCUGCACUUUGAGUUCAAUUGA